UUCCGGAAGAUAAAAAAGGGUUAGAACGGUUUAUAGGUAUGACUAACUAUGUGUCUCGUUUUAUUCAUAAUUAUGCAGAUAAGGUGGAGCCGUUGAGGGAGCUAUUGAAAAAGGACGUAAGUUUCGAGUGGCAUGAGGCGCACACUCGAGCAUUCGAUGAUCUGAAGCGGCAGCUGGCGCAGGCGCCCACACUGAGGUACUACUCGCCCAACGAGCCGGUGACGGUGUCGGUGGACGCGAGCUCGCGCGGGCUGGGCGCGGUGCUGCUGCAGGCCGGCCGGCCCGUGGCCUACGCCGCGCGCACGCUCACGCCCACCGAGUCCAGGUGGGCUCAGAUAGAGAAGGAGCUCCUCGCCAUCCUGUUUGGCUGCAGGCGACUGAUGUACGUAGCCGACACGUUGUCAAGGGCGACCAGGGAUUUAGGAGGCAAGUGCGAUCAGCGAAUACAAGAACAGGUAAGUUUACACAUAAAUACUCUGGUGACUAAUCUACCAUUUAGUAGCAAUAAAAUGCAAGCGAUUCGAGAGGCUACGAGGAUCGACCAGAGUUUAUGCGAAGUAAUGGACCUUUACAGAAAGGGAUGGCCGCAUACUAAAAGCCAGGUAACCGAGAAAGCUAAGUCGUACUGGGAAGUUAGAGAUGAGAUUCAUGUCGUGGAGGACGUAGUGUUUCGGAACGACUUGGUGAUCAUCCCUAACAGUUUACGGGCCGAAAUGAUCAAUAAGGUACAUGAGGGUCACCUCGGCAUCGAGAAGUGCAAGAGGCGAGCGCGCGACGUGAUGUGGUGGCCGGGCAUGGCGGCCGCAGUGGAGCGCGCGGUGCGCGAGUGCGAGGCGUGCGCUCAGCGCCGCGCCGCGCCGCCGCGCGAGCCGCUCGCGCCGCACGCCGUGCCUGACAGGCCUUGGCAGGUGCUCGCUACUGAUAUUUUUCAGGUAAAGGACAAACACUAUUUGCUAGUGGUUGACUAUUACUCAAAGUAUGUGGAAGUGGCCACUUUAGUAGAUUUGAGAAGUGCGACAGUGAUAGGUAUUUUGAAACCUAUGUUUGCGCGUCAUGGGAUACCGCAAAGAUUAGUAUCAGAUAACGGUUGUCAAUUCGUGUCGCAAGAGUUUAGAGACUUUGCUAAAGAUUGGGAUUUUGAACAGGUCACUAGUUCGCCACAUUAUCCGCGUUCGAACGGUUUUUCGGAACGAAAUGUGCAAACGGUAAAGAAUAUGAUUAUAAAAUCACAAGAGACUAAAACUGAUUUUUACGUGGCACUGUUGAAUUUUCGCAACACACCAAUAUCGGGAGAGAAAUACUCACCUGCUCAGUUAUUGUUCGGUAGAAGAUUAAACACAAAGUUACCAGUAAAAAGUUGCUUAUUAAACCCUAAAACUCCCUUAAAAAAAGAAAUAACAAUCAGUCGCAAUAUUAAAAAUGAUAAAAUGUGUCAAUAUUACAAUAGAGGAACUAGGGCAUUAAAGCCACUAAAGGAUAAUGAGCAGGUGCGUAUUCGAGACCCGGCCGAGAUAAACGGCAGAGGGCGCUGGGUGCGCGCGCAGGUGGAGCGCGCCGCCGCCGAGCCGCGCUCCUACUGGGUACGCACGCCGGACGGCCGCCGCUACCGCCGCAACAGGCAGCAGAUCAUACCGGCGGCGCCGCGCCGCCGGCUGGUACUAUUGCCAAUAGUACCAGCUCAGGGACUAAUAUACCUAAAUACUAUGAUGACUUGGAGGAGUGUGGCGGAGGUCAACCGCUGGGUCCACAGAGUUUACAAGGACCCCAGGAUACAGCUCAACAUACCACUUUCCGCUACACUCGUUCAGGCCGGCGAGUACGUACGCCGGAAAGGUUUUAAUUGUAUAAUAGGUACACAUAACUAG